CGAUGGGUUUGAGGAGGAAGGAUCUCGCGGCUAUUUGUAGGGCGCCGAAUGGAUUGUGUUGCGAAUUCAGUCGUCGCGGCGCUGACGAACAAGUGAUAUUAUUCUAGCCGACAGUGACCUCAACGGUCGUGUAUUAAUACGUUCAUAAUUUUGCGGAAAGAUUUUUGAUUAUAUUAUAACUAAGUGACAAGUCAUAUACAAUCAUGGUGGGUUCGAUGAGCCGAAUCAUCGUCUUAGUGUGUAUGAUUUAUCAUUCAAUAUGUGAUGUCACCGGCAGAGGAUCAAGAGCUAGUUCAAGUCCCACAGAAGGAACAUUUAUUUGUAAAUCAGAAGGAUUUCAUUCAGACCCGUCUGACUGUACAUCAUUUUAUAGAUGUGUAAACUUUGGAGCUGGGACAUACUAUACCAAGUUUAAAUUUCAAUGUUCUCCUGGAACUGUUUUUGAUCCAGAAAACUCUGUAUGCGUACAUCCUUCUUUUUCUAAUAGAGAAGAAUGCAAAAAUGUACAAUUUAGUAAUCCCGAGCCUGAACCUAGCCCAGAAGAAUCUAAUUCGUGGAAUUCACAACCUAAUGAAACUCCAAAUCAACCAAACCCUAAUAAACCAAAUAACUCAGGUUAUGGCUCAACCGCCCCCGAAUAUUUAAGCCAGCCAUCUUCCAACUAUGAUUAUGGGCGCCCACAAACCGGUUAUAAGCCAACACAAACUGAAUACGUACAACCUCAAUCACCAAUAUACCAACCUCCCCCAUAUAUACCACCUCAACCAAACUAUCCAUCAAAUAAUUAUAAACCUCAACAGCCAGAAUAUGUAGAAUCUAAACCUCAACCAAGUUACAAUCAACCACAACCUCAAUCUGGUUACAUUCCUACUUCAUCACAACCUGCACAACAACCAAGUUAUAACCAACCUCCACAAUCUGGUUACAUUCCUACUUCAUCACAACCGGUACAAAAACCAAAUUAUAACCAACCACCGCAAUCUGGUUACACACAAACAUCAACGCCACCGGCACAACAGUUCAACUAUAAUCAACCACCACAAUCUGGUUACAAACCACCUAGUCAACAACCUAGCUAUAACCAACCACCACAAUCUGGUUAUAUACCACCUAGUCAGCAACCAAGUGCUAAUCGACCACCACAGAAUAAUUAUGUGCAACCUGUAGUAUCAACAUCAGAGCCAAAUUAUUACCAACCAUCAAAUCCUAAUUAUAAUCAACCGCAAUCUACUUAUGCACCUCCUGUUCAACCAGAAGAUGGCUACAAUCAGCAAUCAUCAUCGGAAAGUCCUGAAAAUGAAGUAGAUAAUGAAUCGCCUGAUCAACCAGAAGAUACUAGUUCUACUGGACCAAAUUGUGUGUCAGAAGGAUUCCAUCCAUACGAUGAAGGCUGUAGUAAAAAAUUCAUAAGAUGUGUGGCUAAAGGUGAUGGAACUUUUACCAAAUAUGAAUUUAAUUGUGGUGAAGGGACCUUAUGGGAUGAUAGUCAACAAACAUGUAACCAUGCUAAUCUAGUAAAUUGUGGAACCACGACAGCAGCUACACCUUCCACAAUACAAUCAGAUUCUACUGUAGCGCAACAAAUAACCACAGCCAACCAAUGGUCUAGUUCAAUGAGUUCAUCUAUGAUGUCAAGCUCGAGUUCAAGUUCUAGUAGUUCUUCAAGUAGCCAAUUUUCAACUUCAGCUAUCAUUGCUGGUCAAACAAAUGGAGGAAAUAACCAACAGAUUUCAUCUCAAGGUGCUUCUUUAACAACAGUUGCUAUGAAUCAAGGCUCAAAUCAGGCUGAAAGUUCUAGUACAAAUCAACAAUUAGCUACUUCUGGGUCUAGUCAAGCUGUAACAUCUGGAUUUAACCAACAAACAACUCUUGCUGGAGCUAGUCAACAGACCACUAGUGCCGCAGCCAACCAACAGACCACUAGUGCCGCAGCCAACCAACAGACAACUAGUGCUGGAGCCAACCAACAGACAACUAGUGCUGGAGCUAAUCAACAGACAACUAGUGCCGCAGCCAACCAACAGACAACUAGUGCUGCAGCCAACCAACAGACAACUAGUGCUGGAGCCAACCAACAGACAACUAGUGCUGGAGCUAAUCAACAGACAACUAGUGCUGGAGCCAACCAACAGACAACUAGUGCUGGAGCUAACCAACAGACAACUGGUUUUGGUUCUAACCAACAGACAACUGGUUUUGGAUCUAACCAACAGACAACAAGCGCAGGAUCAAAUCAACAGACAACUAGCGUUGGAUCAAAUCAACAAACAACUGGCGCAGGAUCAAAUCAACAGACAACUGGUGCAGGAUCUAUUCAACAAAUAAAUAAUUCUGGAAAUAAACCAACUUCACCAAUGUCAUCAACAUUAAAACCGACAACGCCAAUUCAUACAACAAAAAAACCAAUGGUAUCGACAACUCCGAAACCAACUACUUCACAACCAACAACUCCAAAACCAACCACUCCAAAACCAACCACUCUUAAACCAAUCACUUCAAAACCAACCACUUCUAAACCAACCACUUCUAAACCAACUACUCAAAAACCAAUCAAUUCAAGUACUACACAAAAAGUUACAACGACAACUCAGUCAACAUCUACUUUACCAACAACUACUACACAAAAAACCACUACUAAGAAACCAGUGCAAAACACUUCAAUUUCUAAACCAACCACUCAAUCAACUAUAAAACCAUCUGUUACAACAACUAUUAAACCUAUAAAUUCAAAACCAACAACAAUUGCUCCCACAAACAAACCAUUAAACCAAUCACCAACAACUAUUAAACCAGUAAGUCAACAAUCUACGAAAAAACCACCUACCACACCUGUUACCACAUCAUCAUCUAUAAAUCAUCAAACACAACCACCUGCAACAACAGACACUUGUACGACAGAAGGAUUUUUCCCAGAUUCUAAAGAUUGCAACAAAUUUUAUAGAUGUGUUGGUAAUGGAAAAGGAUUUACUAAAUAUAACUUUAAUUGCGGGCCAGGAACUGUUUGGGAUCAUAUUAAUAAUGUAUGUAAUCAUCCAUGGGCAGUGGAUAGAGAUUGUUCUAAAUCAAGUCCAUCGUCUACAGCUGGAUCAACAGAACCAAUUGUUUCAAAUAGUUCUGAAAAUCCAAUAUCAAGUCAACCUAGUAACCCAGAAAUAUCCACAACAUUCCUUACCAGUCCUUCCCCUCAGUCGUCAACAAGUAGUCAAACUACUCAAACCCAAACUUCAACAUCUACGUCUAGUCAACAAACAUCUUCAACCACAAGCCAAACAGUUAUAUCGACUAAUAAUUCGACUGCCCCUUGUAAUACUCCACCAAAGCCACCUAGCAAAAUAGUGUGUAAUGGAAGUGGAUUUUUCCCUCAUCCUGAUGAUUGUAAAAAGUUCUAUAGAUGUGUCGACUGGGAUGGCGAUAAAGGUGAACGGUUUUCUGUGUACCACUUCGACUGUCCUCAAGGAACCAUUUUUGAUCCUAGCUUAAACGUUUGUAAUCACGAAGCUUCUGUAUACCCCCCCAGAGAUUGUUCUGGAUCAAGCACUCCGCAAAUUAGUGGAACUACUCCGGCUACUGAAAUAUCUACUACCACAGAAGCAAGUACUAUAGUAACAACUGAAGGUCAAACUGACACAACAGGACCUUCUGAAACUAAUGAACCAGAAUCAAGACCAACUUCAAGUUUGCCAGAUACAGAAUCUACUACAUCUAGUCAACCAGAAACUAAUCCACCGACAACUAAUCCAACAGGAACUGAUCCAAUAACGUCUAGUGUAACUGAGACUACAACGAGUCAAAUAGAAACAAAUCCACCGACAACUAAUCCAUCAGAAACUAAUCCACCAACAACUAAUCCAUCAGAAACUAAUCCACCAACAACUAAUCCAUCAGAAACUAAUCCACCAACAACUAAUCCAACAGGAACUGAUCCAAUAACGUCUAGUGUAACUGAGACUACAACGAGUCAAAUAGAAACAAAUCCACCGACAACUAAUCCAUCAGAAACUAAUCCACCAACAACUAAUCCAUCAGAAACUAAUCCACCAACAACUAAUCCAUCGGAAACAAAUUCACCUACAAGUCAAACAGAAACAACAGAUUCUGAAACAAAUCAACCGUCAACAGAAACAUUACCUGCUACAACAACUUCACCAGAAACUUCAAACUCUACAGACAGGUGUCCUACUUUAGAUCCUGAUCAAGUUGCAUUAGUGUGCCCAACAGGCUUUAGAAGACAUCCAAAAAAUUGUAACUUAUUUUAUCAAUGUACAAUAGCAGACAAUAAUGACAUUAAGGUAUUGGUCCUGGCGUGUUCCAAUGGUACGUACUAUGACCAAAGAAGAAUUCAAUGUUUACCACCAGAUGAAGCAGAAUCGUGUCCAUUGAAUAACGAAGGCCGGUCAGAACCACUUGAAGAGAUACUGCCAACUGUCCAGAUUCAACCGUAUCGGCAGUUAUGUCCGUCAGAAGGAAUGUUUGGUUCUCCAACUGAUUGUCAAACUUUUGUAAAAUGCAAUAGAAAUGCUCGAGGACUUCUCAGUGGUCAAAUGUAUCAAUGUCCCGAAGGUCAAAGCUUUUGGGAAACAUCUAAGAAAUGUGAGAAGAAUAGGAAAAUUCCCAUGUGUAAUAAACUCGGCCCUAAAUUAAAUUGGCAAACGAGUCUAGCUCCUGUUCUUGCUAAUUAAUGAAAUUUAAUUUUAUAAGCAAAAAUUUCAAGUUAAAACGUUUAAUUAGCUCAAUCAUAAUGUAUAUUAUUUAAGCUUAUGGUAAUAAGUAAUAUGUAAUUAAUUAUUUAACCUUAAUUUAGAUUACAAUUUGUGUAAAUUUUGAAAAAUGUUUCAAAGAUUUACCUAGGCAACAAAAAUACACAACUUAAAAUUGAUUCACUAUACGUUUAGUUUGUGAGAAUAUGAACAGAAAAUCAAACUAAAUAUGUAAUGGUGCUAGCAAAUAUUAUAAAUUAGGUUACUAUUAAUCUGUGAUUAAUGGUUAAUGAUUAAUACAAUAUUUUUGUUAUGAACCAUAUUACCUAUGCAUUUGAUUUCAAAAAUAAUGUGCCAUAUUAGACAAGUAUUUUUGCUUAAAAGUCUCAUCAAUUUUUGAAACAUUUUUUAAAUAUUGCAAAUAAUUACGUAUAAGUUAUAUUUUUAUAUUUUUUAUACAAUAUUGUGAUGAAUUUAUUGUUUUUUUUUUUUUUUAAUCUUAUAUUUAUAAAUUUUGUACAUACAUUUUUAUGCCAAAUUAAAAAUAUAUUAUUAAUUUAAUUUUUGCAAGCUUUUUUAGUUUAAUUUUAUUCAAUAAUUAAAAUAAUUAUAUUGUAAUAAUUAAAAAAAUAGAUAGUAGGAACUCUAUUUAAUAAAAUAUAAAAAUAAUUA